AUGCGAAGAGAGUUAUUUGUUCGCAUAGUUGAUGCUCUGACAGAUUAUUCAGAGUAUUUUAAGUGGAGGAGAGAUGCAAUUGGAAGGAAAGGUUUGUCACCACUUCAAAAAUGCACGGCGACUAUUCGUCAAUUGGCAUAUGCAUCCCCCGCCGACUCUCUAGAUGAGUAUGUACGGAUGGGUGAGAGAACUGCUCUUGAUUGCUUGAUCAACUUCUGUCGAUGUGUGAUCGAUGUGUUUGGGGCACGAUACUUGCGAAGACCCAAUGCUGCUGACACUCAACGCUUGCUUCAAAUGCAUGGGCAGAGACACGAUUUUCUUGGAAUGUUGGACAGCCUUGAUUGCAUGCAUUGGGAGUGGAGGAAUUGCCCCGUCGCUUGGAAAGGUCAGUUUACUAGAGGCGAUUAUGGCGCCCCAACAAUAAUUCUUGAAGCUGUCACGUCUACAGACUUGUGGAUAUGGCAUGCUUUUUUUGGCGUCGCAGGGUCGCGUAACGAUAUAAAUGUUCUUAAUGAAUCACCUUUAUUUAACGCCGUCCUACAGGAAAAUGCUCCGGAUGUUAAUUUCACAGUAAACGGCACAUCAUAUACAAAAGGAUACUAUCUAACAUAUGGUAUAUACCUGGAAUGGGCUACGUUCGUGAAGAGCUUUCAUGUCCCGAGGAUCCCAAAAGGAAAAAAAUCAAGGAGAGGCAGGAGGCUACAAGAAAGGAUGUGGGGCGAGCGUUUGGAGUGCCCCAAGUUCGUUGGGCAAUAA